CGCUGCGGCGCGAGGCGGGGCGGUCCCGGAUGGAGGUGGCCGCCAUUUAGAACGCCCGCAGCGCAAGGCGCGGGGCUGCCGGCCUGCCGCCGCCAUGAGGAGCGCGCCGCGUCUGCUGCUGCUUGCCCUGCUCGUCUUUCCCGCCACCCUGCUGCUCCGGGACAGCGGUGCAGUAGGUUCAGGCUUAUUAGCUGCAGCUCAGGAUGCUACAGAAGAUGAGGAAGCUGUGGAAGAUACUGUAGUUGAAGAUGAAGAUGAUGAAGCUGAAGUUGAAGAAGAUGAGCCUACAGAUUUGACAGAAGAAAAAGAGGAAGAAGACUUGUCAGGAGAACCUAAGGCCUCACCUAGUGCUGAUACAACAAUAUUAUUUGUCAAAGGUGAAGAUUUUCCAGCAAACAACAUUGUGAAAUUCCUGGUAGGCUUCACCAACAAAGGUACAGAAGACUUCAUUGUUGAGUCUCUUGAUGCCUCGUUCCGGUACCCUCAAGACUACCAGUUUUAUAUCCAGAACUUCACAGCUCUGCCCCUGAAUACAGUAGUUCCACCACAGAGACAAGCAACAUUUGAGUACUCUUUCAUCCCUGCUGAGCCUAUGGGUGGCCGUCCUUUUGGAUUAGUUAUCAAUCUCAACUACAGAGAUGCAAAUGGCAAUAUGUUUCAAGAUGCUGUCUUCAAUCAAACGGUUACAAUUAUUGAAAAAGAAGAUGGACUGGAUGGAGAAACGAUCUUCAUGUACAUGUUCCUUGCUGGACUUGGUCUACUUGUUAUUGUUGGCCUACAUCAGUUGCUAGAAUCUAGGAAGAGAAAAAGACCAGUACAGAAAGUUGAGAUGGGAACAUCAAAUCAGAAUGAUGUUGAUAUGAGCUGGAUUCCCCAGGAAACUUUAAAUCAAAUAAAUAAGGCUUCACCAAGGAGGUUGCCCCGCAAGAGGGCACAGAAGAGAUCAGUGGGCUCUGAUGAGUAAAUGUUAACUAGUGCAACAACUGAACCUUUACUAAUCCUGCCUGUUGGGUUUUUUUUGGAUUGGAGUAGUGCGGAGUCCGUAUCAGCACAAGGAAAAUACUGCUAAACAUUUGGACUGAACAGUUUAACUGAAUGGUGUUAAUAUUACUGAAAAUGCACUUCUCUUUUUUGUUAAAUAAUUGUUGGGGGGAGCCAUUAAGAUUUGUGCCUGCGUGUGUAAGCAGUUGGUCUUAACAGAACCAUGUUACCUGAAAUGUGCCUUUAGAGUUCUUUUAAAUGCUGGCUUGUCCUCUGUAUACUUGGAAGGAUAUUUUCCCCUCCCCAUAAUCUGAAUGUCUAGUGACUUAAUUUGUCUUGAUUGUAUCCUGUCUGUAUCAGAAUCUGUACACGUUUUUCUUCUCGGUAACUUUGUUCUCUAUUGUGCACACAGACUCAAGUUUGUGUGUCCAGUCCUGCUCCAGGCACUCAUCAUCUGGAGUUCUGUGCAGUUAGCAUUCUAAAGGCACAAUUGGGUAUAGCUGCUUGUAGCGGUAGAUAUUUUGCUGCUGUUUUGACCUGGGCAUGCAGUGACCUAAACAUCUGAACUUAUCUGCAUAGAUGUUAGGACAACUCUUACACAGCAGCAGAACUUGUGAAGCAUGGAAUUUGUGUGCUGAAUUGGUAUUACUACAUAAAUUUUUUUUAUACCCAACUUGUUAAAUGGUUAUUGAGUCAUUCCAACAGUUCAGGUGUUCUCAAUAUAGUGGUACCUCUGCAGUGUUACCCAAAUAACUUUGAAUAAGCCAGAACAACUUUCCAGUACGUUCUUGGUACUCUCACAAAAACUCAAAUGCUGUCUGUAUCAAAACAUGUGGAAUUUUCUUCAAGCUUUACAUGGAGCAAAGACUUGGACAUAUUCCAUGCACUUGAAACUGAAUAAGAAAAGCACUUGGCUUCACGUAAUCUUUUUAAAUGACAAAUUGUUAAAUUCAACCUUUACAGUUUUUAAACCUCUGACUUAGACCAAUCUACUGACAACUCUGAGUUAAGUUUUUAUCUCCUUGGCUUUCUCAUUAAAAACAGAAGCAUUUCCAUUAAAUACGUAUUACUUCAGUAGUUCAACAGAAAAGUUGUACGUAGCCAAAAUGGGAUUUCUUGUGGUAGAGGCACGAUUUACACAGCAGGAACACAGAUGCUGAUCUGCGUCCAUUGCAUUCAGGGCUUGUAGGUUGGAGGGGGAGGAAAGCAGAUAAAGCAAAGUCAGUUUGGUACUUGAGAAAGCUCAGAUUGUUUCCAUCUCAGUUACAGUUCUUUGUGUCUGAAGGUUAUCUGGAAGCUUGUUCAGGAAUAGGCACUGAUUUGAGAUGCGGGGUGGGAAGGAGAAAAAAAUCACCUGUGCAGAAGGGCUUUUGGGUCUGGUCUUGUUCUGCAGGGACUGAGCUUCUAAACCAACAAGAGUUGAGCAAUACUUAUAAAUCAUGUAAUAUAUUGGAGGCAUCUAAGCUCUGAAACUACCUGCACUGAUGUACUCACGCUGUCUUACUAUACAGAGUGCCAGAAUGAAUUGCAGAGAUGUUCUUGACUCAUCUCUGUGUGGGGGAAAUAGAAUGGGAAGAACAACCCCUAGUCAUGCUUUCAUCAGUUUCAUGACAUGCCAGUCUAAGUAGAAUAGUUUUAGUAGAGAAGAUUGCUGAAUGGUCAUUUGGCAAAUUGAGUAACUUUGUAACAGCUGCCUACUCAAAUUGUAUGCAACAACUUUGCCUUUAGGGUUGCCUCUAUGGUAGGUUUACAAGCCUAUAUUCAGUCUUGCAUUGGUUCAGCCAAAUGUUCGUGUAAUAAAUGGUUUGUAUGGUACAGUCUAUAGCUGUUGUAGGGGCUGACAUACUCAGUUUUACUUCUUGCUCCUUUUUGUGGAUUAUGCUUCUCAGCUGAAAUCAAGAUGGGUUUUUUGGUUCAUCCCCAUCUUCUGGGAAUAGGUAAUCUUUAACUGCAUUCAACUUUUCACUGAAUUUCAAGAUUUGGAAGCACCUCAAUAAUAAAUCUGAGCUGCUGUAGAUAAAGUGGGGCUCCAAGAGGAAAAGCAAAGGAUGAGAAGGCAGGACAGCAACUUAUGGUAUCUAAGUUCUGUUUCAUCAGUGAGGGCUAAACUCUGAGGAGUCUUGGAGCAAGUUAGUCCUUCAAUAUCUUACACUGAACAGAACUUCAGAGAAGUUGCAGUAGGACUGCAGCACUGUGCUUAGAUUAGAAAGGAGAAUUUUUAAGGUUUCAGCUUUCCUGUCUGCACUUAGUAGUUAACAUCUAAAUGUUCUGAGCAUGAAAGAGAAAACAGUUUAGCAACUUGCAUAGGAGCUGACAGUUGGACAUUUGUAAUAAGACUGAUCAUAGGACUGACCUUGGGUGGUUCAUAGUAACUUUUCUGGCUGGGAGCUGUUAGUUCAUACGAACAGUAGCUAGUGAUCUGCUAUUGUGAUAAGUGAAGCAGCAGUUUAAAAUUGUGUUUAGUUGCUGUAACCAAGCUUCAUUCUAGUGUGGUAGCAGUUGAACUUUGGCAUCUCUUUCUAGUUCUUUCUAGUAAGUGUCCAUUACACUCAGCUUUCUACAAAUGAGAGAAAGUGCUUAUUGCAUUGUGGCUGGGAGUGUAGUAAUUUUCAUUUUGAUACUUGAAUUUUCUACUCAGUUUUGAAACUAAAUAACUUAGCCAUAGGUGGUAUUUAAUGUCAUUACAUAACAUUACUUAAUACCAAUAAAUAGCUGAGCAGGGUAUAGUUUCAUUCACUCCAACUGGAUGGCAGUAGCAGUUCUGCUUGUGUCUGUGCUGCCCCUUCACUUCUGGUGGCACAAGCACUUGUGUAAUCCAGCAUGCUCUCAUCAGCUGCCUUGCCAGCUGGUUGCACUGUCACACACCUGUUCAUGUGAGCUUAUGGGGAGUAAGAGCUGUGAAAGAUCUUACUGGAAAGAGAUGCUUUUAGACUAGAGAAGAAAUUAUGGCCCUAGUAUGAAAGACGGCUAUUAAUUCAUUCCUGUAUUUCAUAAACUAAUUAGGGAAAUUGUGAGGGUUUCACGAGGCUGCCAGUGGGGUCAGGAAAAAAAAAA